AUGGCAUCCAAAAUCAAUGUCCCGGACUUCCUCAGCCGACCUUUUGGAAUGGAUUACCCAAAGGAGCUCCACAACCAACUGAAGAGAACUCGGCACUGCACCGUAUCAGUUAGCGGAGGCGAUGAGCAUAUCCGCGCGAUGCUGAAAAUCCGCUUAGAUUCUCAGCAGCCAAGACUAGAUCUUCGUAUUGGCGAUGCGCACCUUGUCUUUCCGGCAACCCAGACAGAAUUGAAUCUGGUCACCAAGGGCGUCUCCGCCAAGUCUGAUGCCUUCAUUCAGGCAAACCAGAAGGCUGCUCUUCCGGAGAUUAAGAACGAUCACACUGGGUGCUUUCUUGAGUUGAGCCCGUCUGCUGAGCCUAUUUGUGCUGGCCCGUUCUGGAAAUUAAGCCCCGAAGAGAUGAUCCGAUGGAAGAAGCUCCAACGGAUCGAAUGGUCGGGCAAAAAAGUGUAUAUCUGGAUCUCUCAUCCCACCAAGGAUCUUGCUGCUUUCAAGGAGGUUCGAGCCUACAUGAUCAAGAUUGUAAAGCUUGUCCGGGAAAGUUUUGCCGCCGGAAGUGAGCCACACCAGUUCUGGUUUGCCGAGCAGAAUCCUCUUCCGAAAGAAGGGACCGCAAUCCGUCGACCAAAGAUGCCGUGGCUUUUCAACGCUGAAGGGGAUUACAACAUCUUCGAGACACCUGACUCUUUCUUCCUCGACGAACGGGACCGUCGUGAAAAAUUGAUAGAAGCUGCGGUAAUCGAACAGCAUCUACAAUGGGCCAUGUACGACAGUGUCUUUCAAACCGGCCAGAAACACCAUGCGUCGUUGGAGCUUGUUACUCCCAAAGAGAAUAUCUGGAAGUUGCAUAUCUGGAUGAACGCCGAUCCGAAGCCAGCACCACCAGAGGGCAUCCCGGCCAAUUACGAGAUCGACACCAACCCGGGUCAAGCCAAACCCUCAAAGCCAUUCAUGGGUCAGGGCAUCUGCGUAGGCUCUAGUCUAGCGGACUUCGCGAUCUUAAGUCGGGCCCCACUGAGUCCCGCUCUGAAUGGACAAAGUCGGCAGAUUGAGUUAACUGUCAAAGUCAACCUGAAGUCAAGCAAUGCACAGAUUGAAGCACUCGUCUAUGCAGGGAAAGCGACCAGCUUCGGCGAUUCCACCGAGCAUGAUGGAAAUGGAUUCUCCAUGCAGCGCACGAUCCUAGCCCAUGGAUUGGAGCUGGACCCUAGCAACCCCCACUACUUCGAGAUCAACUGCAAGGAGUGUUCAAUCGUUCCAGGUCCCCAGCAGCUUGAGCGAGUGGAUUACAUCCUUAAAAAGUAUCCUCUUGACCCAUCACAGAAGAGCGCUGUCGACAAGGCCCUCUUUAAGGUUGUAGCAGGGAUCCACCUGAUCAAAGGACCACCGGGUAGUGGCAAAACCCGGUCAAUUCUGGUCAUGACGCUCAUCCUUGCAAGUCUGGACCUCAAAGUCCUGCUCUGCGGUGGCUCAAAUGCGGCUAUAGACAACCUGCUGCACACCUUCCACCUCGCUUUAAAGGAGGAUGCGAAGCUUAAGGGCUGGUGUGGAAGCUACUGCCGCUUCAGGACUUCUGCGUAUCAGGUGGCAGUUCUUCGCCGUGCAAGUGUUGAAGGACAUUUGAAAGAACGUCGAGGCCCCAUUAGUCCUGUUGAAGCUGAUAUCCAGGACUGCCAAAUCGAGUCUUUGGUCGUCCAAAGGGCCAAGGAACUUUAUAAGCCUCAACCACAAAGCAAGGUUGAACAACAAGCUAAGAAGCUGAUCGACAUGCUGGAUGACGAUCGCCAAAGGGUCCUGGGACGCGACGAGACGAAAGCCUUGGUCAAGUGCUACGAGGGUGUUCUGGCCCUGAUAAUCGGCAAGUGCAAAGUCGUGGCGACAAUACUCAACAGUUCGGGCGAAGAGGCGUUGCGCAUCAGCAAGUUUGAGCCAUUCGCCUUAUUGUGUGAUGAGGCUGGCCAGUGCCUUGAGGCGGACACUAUGAUCGCGAUGAAUUGGCAGUCGCUGCGACUAGUAUGCCUGAUUGGCGACACCGAUCAAAUUCCGCCGACCGUCAUCUCGAGCCGAGAGAACGAAUGGGCCAAGUAUCAUGGUCGGUCGCUAAUGACCCGGCUCGAGUGGUGCUACCCACUCAGCACUCUUGAGGUAAACUACCGCUGUCACCCCGACAUCUUAGCUUGGUCGGCCCAGGCCAUCUAUCGCGGCAAGAUCGCCGCAAGCCCCACCAACAGCGCACCUGAUCGCGUGGGUAACGCUUGGGAUACCUUCACCGCCUCGCGAUACCACUUUAAAGCGCAAAAGCUGAUCGGCAAGCGCAGGCUGUUGAUUGACGCCCCUGGAAAGGCUUUUCAACCCCCUGGAAGUACCUCUUGGCAGAAUGACGAUCACAUUAACGUAGUCAUCGACCUUCUCAAAGCCCUGUAUGCGCAUGGGUCCAGUGGGAAUCGCAUCCUGCCCCAGGACGUCAUGUUGAUCUGCCCCUACAAGGCACAGGUCAAACGCGUUGUCGAGCGUUUCGAGGCCGAGGGCGUCCAGUACCACCGGUGCCUCACGGUGGAUUCUGCCCAAGGAUCGGAGUCAAAUGUCGUGAUCUUUAUGCUCACGAAACCAAAGACCAACUUCCCGGCGGAGGUUGGAUUCCUGUCUGACUACCGGCGGCUCAACGUAGCCUUGACGAGGGCCAAAAAGCUUAUGGUUGCGGUCGGCAAUCUCACAAUUUGGAAUGCCGGCUUCGUGAAGAAGGCCAGUAGUGGGAGCGCCCGUUACCUUGCCGGUUUUUUAAAGGAUGUCGUUGACAAGCGGGAUGUUCUGAACUGGAUAGGCGUGGAGACGGUUGAAAGGACUGUCGGCCCCAACUUGAAACAGCAGAUGCCUGCCUCAAGCCCGGCCCCGCAACCCAAGGUGGUACCUCCGCUGGCCAGUAUGCCUAGCAUAGAAGCUGCAUUGGCCGCCGAUGCUGAGUAUCGCGAUCUUGUACAGGAGCGAGAACAUCUUGCUGUCGAGAAAGCCAAGGUAGAUCAGUCAAGGGUUGAGCUUGACGCCAUGGACGCAGUGGUGCUUCAACGGAUUGCCGCCAAUGCGCGUGACUUGAAGGAAUGCGAGGUGAUAUGGAGGCGCAAAUGGGAACGAGAACAUCCGUUGUAA